GCGUUGGGCUUCUCGUUUGGUUGUGCUUCCAGUAAUACCUAAUUUCAUCGUAAAACCCUAGUCAUAGUGUCUAUCUUUUUAUCUAAAUAAUCGUGAUUUAAUUUAAGUCGAGUAGCUUACAAUGCAAAACGAUAUCAAGAAUGAUUCAAUCGUGUGUUCAGAGAAGAUUUCCUCAACGGAUGAUUACGAUCCACAUAUGCAUCGCAAUGCGAAGAAUCCAACCAACAACUGGCAAACCUUUGCGCACUUUUUGAAGGCUUCUAUUGGCACCGGAGUUUUGGCCAUGCCCAGCGCCUUUGCGCAUGCGGGCUAUGUCAAUGGCAUUGUUUUGACCCUAAUCAUUGGUCUCUUAGCUCUUUAUUGUCUGCACAUUCUGAUUGGUUCCAUGUAUGUGCUUUGCAAGCGGCAGCGAGUUCCUUACGUCAGCUUCUCGGAGGCCAUGAAAUUGGGGUUACAACAGGGUCCACCAGCCCUACGAUGUCUGGUCCCAAUUGCCAUACCCUUUGUGGAUGGUUUUUUGGCCUUCUAUCAUUUUGGCAUCUGUUGUGUUUACGUUGUUUUCAUUGCAGAGAGCAUAAAGCAGCUGGUGGAUGAAUAUUUUGUCACAUGGGAUGUGCGUUUGCACAUGUGUAUUAUCAUCAUACCGCUCUUAUUGAUCUUUAGCAUUCGAAAUCUCAAGUUAUUGGCACCAUUUUCCAGUGCUGCCAAUUUGCUGCUUUUUGUGGGUUUCGGCAUCAUAUUGUAUUAUAUUUGCUCCAAUUUGCCGCCUUUAAGUGAUCGUAAGCCCUUUGAACAUUACACAAAGUUGCCCACCUUUUUUGGCACUGUGCUUUUUGCUUUGGAGGCGGUGGGCGUGAUCUUGGCUAUUGAGGAGAACAUGGCCACGCCUCGCGCCUAUGUGCAACCGUGUGGCAUCAUGAACUGGGGCAUGUGCAUCGUUCUGAGUCUUUACGUGUUUCUCGGCUUCUUUGGCUACUGGAAGUACGGAGAUGAGGCAUUGGGUAGUGUAACUCUAAAUAUACCUCAAUCGGAAAUACCCGCUCAAGUGGUAAAGAUCUUUUUUGCCAUCACAACGUACAUUUCUUAUGCGUUGCAAGGAUAUGUUACAGCUCAUAUCCUUUGGAGUAAAUAUCUGAGCAAACGCUUCAAGGACGUUUCCAAGCACACGCUCUACGAGCUCAUCCUUCGCACGGUGAUUGUGCUUUUAACUUUUUGCUGUGCCAUUGCCAUUCCAGAUCUCUCGCUGUUCCUCUCGCUCGUCGGCUCCUUUUGUCUCUCCAUAUUGGGUCUGAUUUUCCCAGCUCUUCUACAAAUCUGCGUGCAGUAUGAGAGAGGAUAUGGUCCAUAUAAUUACAAGCUUAUCAUCAAUCUGUUGCUGCUGAUCUUUGGCCUCUUUGGCGGCAUUGUGGGCACCUACGUUAGCAUUGUGGAUAUAAUCAACGCCCUUUCGAAAUAGCUUAAGUUCGUCGGUAAUGUUUGCCAUUAAAUACUGAUACACAUAAUUGAGUUGCAGUUGCAAAUGCAGUUGGGGGAGUACUAUAUAUGUGUGUGUGCAACGCGGCGUAUGCGUAAUAUAGCAUAACCUCUGCUGUGGCUUAUGCAAAUCAUGCUGCGGCCUCUAUACAUGUCAUUUGGGUUCUGUUUACUCUGUUUGGCCUGCUAAUUAUUGUACCCUGUGCGCACAUUCCAAUGAACUGAGGAAGGACAGAAUUCAGAAA